GAGCCAGAGUUAGGAGACGCGAACGCGAGAGAAGGAGGGGGACUGGGGUGUCUCCCUGAGCAAUCUUUACCCCCUUGGGAAAGGGGGCGUCCACCACAGGCCGCCGCACAGAAGGGGGAGAAGGCGGAAAGGAGCCUGCCUGCGUUUGACACUGGGGUAAGACGAUGAAGUAAUAGAGAUGCUUCCCUUUGUGAUAGCCACCCUGGGCACGGCAGGGGCCCCCUGCAAAUCCUCCAACUGCAACAACAGCACCAAGGAUUACUGCUACAGUGCCCGCAUUCGCAGCACUGUGCUGCAAGGGUUGCCCUUCGGAGGGGUGCCUACUGUCCUGGCCCUUGACUUUAUGUGCUUUCUUGCACUGCUGUUUGUUUUUUCCAUUUUACGUAAAGUGGCCUGGGACUAUGGGCGGCUGGCUCUGGUGACCGAUGCUGACAGGCAGCGACGCUGGCAGUUGGAACGAGAGGAACGGGAAUAUGUGGCAUCUGCCCUGCAUUCUGACAGCCAUGAUCGUUAUGAACGUCUCACCUCCGUCUCCAGCUCUGUUGACUUCGACCAAAGAGACAAUGGCUUCUGCUCCUGGUUAACAGCAAUCUUCAGGAUAAAAGACGACGAGAUCCGGGAUAAGUGUGGGGGUGAUGCCGUCCAUUACCUCUCUUUUCAGCGGCACAUCAUAGGACUGCUAGUUGCUGUAGGUGUCCUCUCUGUGGGCAUUGUGCUGCCAGUGAACUUCUCAGGGGAUCUGCUAGAGAACAACCCCUACAGCUUUGGGAGAACAACUAUUGCUAACUUGAAUUCGGGGGAUGACCUGUUAUGGCUGCACACCUCCUUUGCCUUCUUGUACCUGUUGCUGACUGUGUACAGCAUGCGUCGCCACACUUCCAAGAUGCGCUACAAGGAGGAUGACUUGGUGAAGCGAACUCUCUUCAUAAAUGGCAUCUCAAAAUACGCUGAGCCUGAGAAGAUCAAAAAACAUUUUGAAGAGGCCUAUGCCAACUGCACAGUGCUGGAGGCUCGCCCCUGCUAUGAUGUGGCCAGGUUGAUGUUCCUCGAUGCCGAGAGGAAAAAGGCAGAGCGAGGGAAAAUCUACUUUACCAACUUGCAGGCCAAGGAGAACACCCCGUCUAUGAUCAACCCUAAGCCCUGCGGUCAUCUUUGCUGCUGUGCUAUCACAGGCUGUGAAGAGGUGGAAGCCAUUGAGUACUACACCAAACUGGAGGAAAAGCUCAAGGAGGACUACAAGAGGGAAAAGGAGAAGGUGAACGAAAAGCCACUGGGGAUGGCCUUUGUCACCUUCCACAAUGAGGCCAUUACAGCCAUAAUCCUUAAAGAUUUCAACGUGUGCAAAUGCCAAGGCUGCAAGUGCCGUGGGGAACCGAGAGUGUCUUCCUGCAGCGAGUCCCUCCAUGUCUCAAACUGGACAGUCUCGUAUGCACCUGACCCUCAGAACAUUUAUUGGGAGCAUCUAUCAAUUCGUGGCUUCAUCUGGUGGUUCCGCUGCCUCAUCAUCAAUGUGGUGCUCUUCAUCCUGCUCUUCUUCCUCACCACUCCUGCCAUCAUCAUCACCACUAUGGACAAGUUCAAUGUCACAAAGCCUGUGGAGUACCUGAACAAUCCCAUCAUCACCCAGUUCUUUCCUACCCUGCUGCUGUGGUGCUUCUCUGCUCUGCUUCCCACAAUUGUGUAUUAUUCGGCAUUCUUUGAAGCCCACUGGACCAGGUCUGGAGAGAACAGGACAACUAUGCACAAAUGCUACACCUUCCUCAUCUUCAUGGUCUUGCUGCUGCCAUCUCUGGGACUGAGCAGUCUGGAUGUGUUUUUCCGCUGGCUGUUUGACAAAAAAUUCCUGGCUGAGGCUACGGUGAGAUUCGAGUGUGUAUUCUUGCCAGACAAUGGGGCCUUUUUUGUGAACUAUGUAAUUGCCUCUGCGUUUAUUGGAAAUGCCAUGGACUUGCUACGUAUCCCCGGCCUGUUGAUGUACAUGAUCCGGCUCUGCCUGGCCCGCUCAGCUGCUGAACGCAGGAAUGUCAAACGGCAUCAGGCCUAUGAAUUCCAGUUUGGGGCUGCUUAUGCCUGGAUGAUGUGCGUCUUCACUGUUGUUAUGACCUACAGUAUUACCUGCCCCAUCAUUGUUCCAUUCGGUCUGAUGUACAUGCUACUGAAGCACCUGGUGGACAGGUACAACCUGUACUAUGCUUACCUGCCAGCCAAGCUGGACAAGAAAAUCCAUUCAGGGGCUGUAAACCAGGUGGUGGCAGCCCCUAUCCUCUGCCUCUUUUGGCUCCUUUUCUUCUCUACUGUGCGCACAGGGUUUCUAGCUUUUACAUCCAUGUUCACCUUUGUGGUUCUCGUCAUCACCAUAGUGAUCUGCUUGUGUCACGUCUGCUUUGGACACUUCAAAUACCUCAGUGCUCACAAUUACAAGAUUGAUCACACAGAGGCGGAUGCUGUGGAUGGAAGGGAAAACGGACGACCGGCUGCCAACCCGCCGGCUCCAAAAUCAGCUUUACUGAAUCCAGAAGGGCAACGGCUGUACCGCGAGCAACAUUGCAAACCUGAUCCAUCAUUUGACACCAGGGCUCUUGGUCACGUGACACUCCUGUUCCUUCAUGCGAUAGAACAGCUAUUCCAUACAAUCAGAAGUACAUUGCCCAAGUGCUGCAAGAUUCUUCGCCGGAAGGUGACGCGGCUGAGUCUGAGGAACGGGGGUCCCAAGACGAGGAGCUCAUCAACCCCAACGGCAUAAACGAUACGGAUUUCCAGUCCUGCGAAGACAGCCUGAUAGAAAACGAGAUCCACCAUUAGGGACGUAGAAGUGUGCAAAGGGGCAGAGGAGUCCCAUGAGCUGAAGAGGUUGCUGCACACUGUGUGUAUGUGUGUGUGUGUGUGUGUGUGUGUGUUGAGAACGAGAGAGAGAGAGAGUGAGUGACAGAGAGAGAGGCAAUGGAACUGGAGGGAAGGGCAACCCAAGGGAGGCGCCAACCACUGCUUCUUCCCACCAACCUGGCUGCUGCAUUUCUGCUCGUUCCAAGAUGGGGAAGGGACCCUUGCAUCAGGCCUCCAUUUCCUCCUGCCUUCCCUGUCGCAGUUCUCUCUCUCUGUGUCGCCGUCCCCUCAGGAUGGAAGAGGAAUUUAUUUGACCUGCUACCUACCCUUAACAACUACUGCAAACUCUACCAAGCCAAGAUGGAGUGGAGGGCGUGGCCUUGGCUCCUUGCUGCUCCCACUGUGACAGGGAGGGGAGCAGAGGCCAGCCAGGACAACAGGACUCUGGGUGCUUCCUAGCGGCAAGACUCUUCUCCUCCUCCUCCUGGAAGCACACCCUCGACAGCCCACCCUGGUCCCGGUCUAGAAUCAUGGACACUAACUGCUUACUAAGCUUAAAAGAGAACUGAGCUUUAAUCAAGGUUCUAGAUUUCCAAGCUAAGUGUGGGUGGCUUUGAUCCUGGCAGGGAUCGGUGGUCCCAGCCACACACGGCUGUUUUUAACUUGUGUACAAAUCUCCUACAUGGCGGUGCAUCAGCAAGCAUUCCCGUUCCAGUGCCCAAGACGCAGCCCUGUGAUAACCUGGUGUCUUGACCAGUCCUUCCCACUCUGUCUCUCCCAGGGAAAGGUUGCCCACGGUGCAGUCUAGAGGCAGAGGUGUUGUACGAAAAGGGGCUGCUGCUGCGUGCCCUACGCAAUGGGAGCCGCUACUGGAUUGUGCUGCCCUGUGUCAGAGACUUGCCAGUGAGCAACUACGAAUGGCAAAAAACCUUUCUGGUGGCAAAAGAGACCCUUGCAGGGCAAGGGGGUGAACAGGGAAAAGGCAGGAAUGAUUGCCCCAACCAGACUGACUGUACUUCUUGUCAGCCCCCCCCUCCUAUCCCUGAACAAACUGUAGUGGCCCAUGUUGAGUAACGCCCGGGGUCUUGAUCCCGGGACACAAUGAUUUGGGCCACUCAGCAUUUUUGCACAUUUUUCGUUUUACCUUAAACUGACUAAAACCCAAAUGUUCUCCUGCCCCAUCUGAUUUGUAGGGAAGAGGAGGGUUGGUUUGUCGUAGAGGGAGAGAUCGCUGGAUCCCAGGUGCUGUCCGGCCUUCCGGCUCCCCCACAUUCACCUCAGGGUCUUGCACAAGGCCCCCUGGAGGUUCACUUAUUGGCAGCUCAGCUCUGUUUUACCAGCCCCUUUGCCUUGCGUGCAACUCCAAGGAAUUGCCUUCCAACUCCAGGCGUCGCUGCCUCGUGAGCUUUGGUCUUCAGGAGUUGCUAAACCUCCAUCCAAACAUUGUCCGCAUCGCUUGCACAGACGGCUGAGUUUGCCCAGCGUUCAAUCAGUAGGGCUCUUAGCUUCUUUGAGAUUGGCGUGAACCAAAGGUUGUCAUAGAAUCAACUUCUCCAGGCACUUUAAGAUACCAGUUUGGUACUUCCAGCCUCACAGGAAAAAAGCAAAGAGAAAAGGC